UACAUGCAAUGAUCCGAAACAAAUCGUCUGGUUUAAUUCUGUUAUUUUCUUUUGGCUUUAAUUACGAAGUCCCAUCACAGAAUCUUUGUGUGUUUUUAAAAUACUCUGUUUUAAUUCUGUUAUUUUCUUUUGGCUUUAAUUACGAAGUCCCAUCACAGAAUCUUUGUGUUUUUAAAAUACUCUCUGUAUUACUUCAGUGUCCCUGUUAUUCACAUACCCACAGGAAAGAUUCAGUUACCAUUUAUCCAAACGGUGGAAGUCUACAGAGAUAGAAGGCACAAUGCUGCCGUACGAAACUAUAAACCAAGCAGAGGGCGCUCUGGGCAGGGACCUCUCUUAUUGGGAAAAUCUAUGGUUCAGAUACUCUGCCAAAAUGCCGGACAUUUGGCUCUACUUUCACACCAUAUGGUUUCUUAUAAUAGUUUUCUCCAUGGUGCCACUGCCAUUGGCCAUUCUGGACCUCGCCAAGGCCAAAGGCUUACAGAAAUAUAAAAUUCAGCCCAAAAUUUACACACCCAAAUCGGAGGUGCUGCAUUGUUACAAGAGUGUUAUGUAUGUUUUUUUCACAGUUAUUGGGCCUCUGCAGCUGAUAUCUUAUCCUUUUAUCAAGUUUAUUGGUAUCAGGACAAGCCUGCCUCUGCCUGCUCUCUGGGAAGUCAUUGCACAACUUACAGUGUACUUUCUGGUGGAAGACUGGGGCAAUUACUGGAUCCACAGGUGGUUGCACUGCAAAUGGGGUUAUGAUAAGAUCCACCGGAUUCACCAUGAAUUUACUACUCCAAUAGGGUUUGCUGCUCCUUAUGCACAUUGGGCAGAGGUGUUAUUACUGGGGAUCCCAUCCUUUGUUGGACCCGCAAUCGCUCCAGGACACCUGAUUACAUUCUGGCUCUGGAUUGCGCUGCGCCAAAUGGAAGCUAUUGAUACCCACAGCGGGUACGAUUUUCCAUGGAGUCCUACCAAAUUGAUUCCCUUCUAUGGAGGCCCAGAGUAUCAUGACUACCAUCAUUAUGUAGGAGGACAAAGUCAGAGUAACUUUGCUUCAGUGUUCACAUACUGUGAUUAUAUCUAUGGUACAGAUAAGGGCUAUCGCUAUCAAAAGGAGUAUCUCAUGAAGAUCCGUGGGGCGAGUGUAGAUGCAGACAAUAAUCACAAGGGAGAUGAAAGCAAUGCGCAGGCUCCAUAUGAGCUCGUUGAAGACCAAAAGACUUUGUAGAGCAAGAGGAUGGGGUUUUUCAUUCUAAAAUGCAUGUGUUAGCCUUGUAUUUUCUUUCUACAGAUCUCCUAUGCAUGUAUUAGCUCUCAUGUCCUUGCUGUUUCUCAUGUAUGCUUAUUGAAUGAAACAUUUAAAUUAAAAAUGGUUGAUAUUUGUCAGAUCUGAAAAUAUGUCAUGGAGAAUAGAACAGUGAAGUUUAUUUGAAAUGCAAAGAGUUGUUAUGAGAUA